UCGCUUCGACUGUCCGAGCGGCCGUCACUCAAAAAUAUUUAUUAUUGUUAGGCAAGAGGUGUGCUGUGGGUAUGUAUGUACGUGUGUGAUUGUGCAUUCGGUAGUGACGCAAGACAACCAACGAUUCUCGGUGCUCGGUGCAGGAUCAAUCGGAUUAUGCCAAGUGCGCCGCUGGUGGCGAGCGUAAACACGACGAGGCGCACAUGAUCCGUUCUCCGUCGCAGUCAUGAGCCGCCUCUGGGACCAGCUGUGGGCCGUCGCCGGCCCCGACGCCCUCAGGUCUUCCUGGAACGACUCGGCGGAUUUCCUGCUGCAGAACAAGGUGGGGCUGCUGUGGCUGUUGCUGCUGGCCGUGGUGGUGACGGUGACGACGCUGCUCGUGCGGAAAUGGAAGAACAAAGGUUUCGUUGCAGACCUGAUCCCGGCCGAGGUGAAGGAGGUGCUGGGCGUGGGCGGCGGGCGGCCGCGCUUCCGCAAGCGGGACAAGGUGCUCUUCUACGGACGCAAGAUGCUGCGCAAGGUGACCAGCAUCUCUCGGCAGGUGCACAGCACGCAGGGCAAGCGCAAGAAGCUCAUCAAGUUCGCAGGCCGAUGGCUGCAGUUCAAGCGCGACGCCGUCCCGGCCCAACUCAAGGUGCUCGAGCCGCCCUCCGAGUACCUCGAGGAGGCCACCACCUCCGGACAGGACGACCGCGUCCCCCUCGACGCUCUCUACAUCCUCCAGAGCAUAAGGGUGUUCGGACAUUUCGAGAAGCCCGUCUUCCUGACGCUGUGCAAGCACGUGGAGGUGGUUCGUCUGCACGCCGGCUCGUACCUUUUCAAAAUCGGUGACCCGGACGAGAACGUGUACGUGGUGCAGGACGGGCUGCUGAAUGUGUACAUCACGGGCACUGACUCGACGACGCUGACCCUGAAGUACGUGAAGAAGGGCGAGAGCGUGACGUCGCUGCUCAGCUUCGUCGACGUGCUCGCCGGACACCCCAGCCCCUACAAAACCGUCUCCGCCAGGGCCAUCGAGGACUCCAUCGUCCUCAGGCUUCCAGUCAAUGCCUUCCAAGAGGUCUUCGAGGAAUACCCUGACACGUUCAUCAGGGUGAUUCAGGUGAUCAUGGUGCGUCUGCAGCGGGUCACGUUCACGGCGCUUCACCAGCACCUCGGUCUCAGCGCCGAGCUAGUCAAUCCGGGUCCGGCGCACCACCAGAAGCGGCGGACGAGUCCGUUUGUGACGUCGCCGUCCAAGAGCAGGCACUCGUGGGUGCAGGCGGAAGGUGAGCAGGCGCCGGAGGAACCGAGCUCGCUCUUCGAGGAACUCCGGCUAAAGGAUUUUUUUCCCUCAGACACGAUGGACGCCGAGUUCAGUCCCGAGGGCACGCAACCGGUGCCCAUCGUGAGGCCGCGGACGCACAGGGCGGCCUCCUCGGCGCACACGCCCGACAUGGUGCCGGAGCUCGACCCCACCAUCUCGCCCCAGCCUCCCGACCUGACGCGCCGCCGCACGGUGCCCGAUUUGAACGACGAGGACACCCUGAUCGAGAUCGCCACGGCUGCCUUCGUCAGGGAGCUCGGCCUCGACGACGCCACCGUGCUCCAGGGUGGAAAAGUUCAGCUCAGGGACGUGCCCGUCGGCACCCACCUCAUGAAGGAAGACUCGCACAAGGACGUGGCGCUGAUUUACGUUAUCUCCGGCAUGCUGACGGUGUCGCAAAAGAGCGCGGUGAACCCGCAGGAGGACGACGAGGUGUACAUGUUCUCGGCGUCGCAUGGCGAGGUCGUGGGUGGGCUGGCCGUCCUCACGGGCGAGCCCAGCUUCUUCACCAUCAAAGCAAAACACUUUACUAGGAUUGCUCUUUUAUCAAAGAGCACUUUUUAUAGUAUCAUGCGAGAACGGCCGAAGGUCGUUCUGCACGUGGCCCGAACCGUGGUCCGCAGGCUGUCACCUUUCGUGAGACAGGUCGACUUCGCCCUGGACUGGGUCUUUCCCGAGAGUGGCCGCGCACUCUACAGACAAGAUAACGAUUCUGACUGCACUUACGUGGUGCUGAGCGGGCGUCUUCGAUCUGUGAUCACGCACGCGAACGGCAAAAAGGAGCUGGUCGGCGAGUACGGCAAGGGCGACCUCGUCGGAAUUGUCGAGAUGGUGACCAAAACCAAGCGGAGCACCACCGUCAUGGCUGUGAGAGACACCGAGCUUGCAAAAUUGCCUGAAGGUCUCUUCAACGCGAUCAAACUGCGCUUCCCGAUCGUGGUGACGCGGCUGAUCAGUUUGCUCGGCCACCGCAUCCUUGGCUCCUGGCAGAAACCCUCCAUCGGCCGUGCCAUCGAUUCCAGGCCAACUCAGGUGAAUUUGUCCACGGUGGCGGUGGUGGGUAGUUCGGACGACGUGCCGCUGACGGCGUUCUCGCACGAGCUGUUCCACGCGCUGGCGGCGACCGGCCACUGUCUGCGGCUGACGUCGGAAUCGAUCCGCAAGUCGCAGGGCAUGUCCAUCCUCGACCCGAACAACGAGUACCGGCUGACGUCGUGGCUGGCCCAGCAGGAGGACCAGCACCGCAUCGUGCUCUACCAGUGCGACACCUCCAUGUCCGCCUGGAGCCAGCGCUGCAUCAGACAGGCCGAUUGCGUCCUCAUCGUCGGACUCUUCGAACGCGGACCCAACGUCGGAAAGAUGGAAAAGGAGGUUGAGCGUCUGGGCAUGCGGACGCAGAAGGAGCUGGUGCUGCUGCAUCGAGAAGGCAGCGCCAAGCCGAAGAACACGGUCGAAUGGCUGAACAACCGCACCUGGAUAUCGCAGCACCACCACCUCAUCUGCCCAAAACGCAUGUUCUCGAAGCGAUCGCAGAACCAAAUCGCGGAAUUGUACAGCAAACUCAUGCUGACGCCGCCGGACAUCCACUCGGACUUUUCGCGGCUGGCGCGCUGGCUGACGGGCACCUCGGUCGGCCUCGUGCUCGGCGGCGGCGGCGCCAGGGGCGCCGCACACGUCGGCAUGAUCAAGGCCAUUUUGGAGGCCGGCAUUCCGAUCGACAUGGUCGGGGGCGUGUCCAUCGGCGCCUUCAUGGGCGGGCUCUGGUGCCUGGAGAGGGACAUCGUCACCAUGACCCAGAAGGCCAGGGAGUGGUCCAAGAAAAUGACGAGCUGGUUCAAGCAGCUGCUGGACCUGACCUACCCUGCGACCUCCAUGUUCACGGGCAGCGUGUUCAAUCAGACGAUCCGCGACACGUUCGGCGAGACGCUGAUCGAGGAUCUGUGGAUCCCGUACUUCACGGUCACGACGGACAUCUCGGCGAGCGCGCCGCGCAUCCACACCCACGGAUCGUUGUGGCGUUACAUUCGGGCGUCCAUGUCCCUUUCCGGCUACAUGCCGCCCCUGUGUGACCCCACCGAUGGCCACCUGCUGCUCGACGGAGGGUACGUCAACAACCUGCCAGGCGUGCUUUGGAGGUACUGCCGCGCCAGCAUGUCGGUGGCGGGCAUUUUCCCGCCCGUUUGCGACCCGCACGACGGGCACUUGCUCAUCGACGGGUGUUACGUCAACAACGUGCCAGCGGACGUGAUGCGCAGCCAAGGUGCGAGGCACAUCCUGGCCAUCGACGUGGGCUCGCAGGACGACAAGGACCUGACCAACUACGGCGACACGCUCUCAGGCUGGUGGCUGCUGUGGAAGCGCUGGAAUCCCUUCACCUCGCCCGUCCGCGUGCCGAACCUGCCAGACAUCCAGACGCGACUCGCCUACGUCUCCUGCGUCCGACAACUCGAGGAGGUGAAAACGAGCGACUACUGCGAGUACAUCCGGCCGCCGAUCGACAAGUACAAAACGCUGCAGUUCGGCAGCUUCGACGAGAUCAAGGACGUGGGCUUCCUGUGCGGGAAGACGUAUUUCGCGGGCCUGCUGAAGGCGGGCAGCACGCUGCCGUACACCAACAGCCGGGCCGAGGAGAUCGCGCCGUGCGCUCUGAGCGCGGUGCUGAGCAGCCGCACCCUGAUCCGGAGGACGAUGCCGGACGCCUCGCCGCACUACACCUUCACCGACCUGGCGCAGAUGGUGUGCAAGGAGCCGAAAUACGUGGACGAAGGCCGGGUGGAGUCGCCAGGUGAGCGCAGCGGACUGCUUCAACGCUUUCUUCUCAAACUUGCAGAGUCGUCGAGCGAGGAGGACUACUACGAGGACGACGACGACGACGAGGACGACACGGACCAGGAGGCGCAGGUGGGCGGCUACGUGUCCGAGCCGACGGUCGGCACCAGCAUGCGCCAGCCCAAGCAGAAGGGCUACUCGCUGUCCGACAACGAGCUCGACGACGCGCGCAUUGAUUGAGCCGCUGAUGCUGCACCGCAACUCUCAAGACUGUACUCCGAGAUUCGAGGCCCAAGCGGGAGCGGACACGCCCCCCCCCCUCCACAAGACCACAAGAGAGUCUCGUGCUAAAGACAAGUGUGAUACACGCGAUAUAGUCAACGUUUGGUUCCUCCAUUUUAUUUGUUGCACGGAUUGUUAGCCAAAGAAUAAAGAAAAUUAUGCGUUGUUUCAGUAUAAA